AAAGGAAUUUGAAGAGAGAAAACAUCAUGGAUCUAACUUAUAUUCCUGAAGACCUAUCCAGUUGUCCAAGAUUUGGAAAUAAAUCCUGUCCUCCGACCAACCGUCCCUUUCAUGUCCGAGUCAUAAUGUAUUUGGUUAUGACUGGAGCCAUGGUUAUCACGAUCUUUGGAAACUUAGUUAUAAUGAUUUCCAUAUCACAUUUCAAACAGCUCCACUCUCCCACAAAUUUUCUGAUCCUCUCUAUGGCAACCACAGACUUUCUGCUGGGUUUUGUCAUUAUGCCCUACAGCAUGGUGCGAUCAGUGGAGAGCUGUUGGUACUUUGGGGAUGGCUUUUGUAAAUUUCAUGCAAGUUUUGACAUGAUGUUAAGCCUGACUUCCAUUUUCCAUCUUUGUUCUAUUGCUGUUGACCGAUUUUAUGCUGUGUGUUACCCUUUGCACUACACAACCACAAUGACCACUUCCACAAUCAAGAGGCUGUUGGCAUUUUGCUGGUCAGCCCCUGCUCUUUUUUCUUUUGCUUUAGUUCUGUCUGAGGCCAAUGUUUCUGGUAUGCAGAGCUAUGAGAUUCUAGUGGCUUGCUUCAAUUUCUGUGCACUUACUUUCAACAAAUUCUGGGGGACAAUAUUGUUCACUACAUGUUUCUUUACUCCUGGUUCCAUCAUGGUUGGUAUUUAUGGCAAAAUCUUUAUUGUUUCUAAAAGACAUGCUCGGGUCAUCAGCAACCUGCCAGAAAACACAAAGGGGGAAGUUAAACAAACUUUGUCUAAGAAAAAGGACAGAAAAGCAGCUAAGACUCUGGGCAUAGUAAUGGGGGUGUUUUUAGCUUGUUGGUUGCCUUGUUUCCUUGCUGUUUUGAUUGACCCAUAUUUAGGCUACUCCACUCCCAUAAUAAUACUUGAUCUUUUAGUGUGGCUUGGCUACUUCAAUUCCACCUGCAACCCCCUCAUUCAUGGUUUCUUUUACCCAUGGUUUCGAAAAGCUCUUAAGCACAUAGUGUCAGGAAAAAUAUUUAGCUCCAAUUCAGAAACUGCAAAUCUUUUUCCUGAAACACAUUAAUAAAAAUUUUUAAAAAUUACAAAAGU